AUGGGGGGCUUCCGGGAGGGAAGGAAGGAAGGGCCUUGUCUCCCCGCUCCUCCUGCCCCAUUUGCGCAGCCCUUCCAAAAGCCGGAAGGGGAGGGACGUUGUCAAACAAAGCAUGACGGGAGCCGCCAUCGUCGCCCGCACUUCCGGGCCUCCGAAGGUGAAGGGGCGAGGCCUCUAAGGAGAGAGGGUCUGGCAGGCCACGCCCUUGCUCGCGAGGGCAUGGGGAACACGUGACCUGCGGACGCGACGUUCACAGCAGCCAAUGAAAUGCGGGAGGCGUGGCCAAGACUGCCGGAGUGGGCGGGCUCCAUAGUUGCGUCUCCAUAGCGACGGGCGACGCGACUGCGCCCUCAAAAGCCGCUCCGCGCAGGCGCACUCCCGCUUCCGGGGCUAGGCGAACACGGCGGCCCAGAUGGCGAACUACAAGGCCGCCGACUCGAAGCGGGAGCAGUUCCGGCGCUACUUGGAGAAGUCGGGCGUGAUGGACAGCCUCACCAAAGUGCUGGUAGCCCUCUACGAGGAGCCCGAGAAGCCCAACUGCGCCCUGGACUUCCUGAAGCACCACCUGGGAGCGGCUGCGCCUGAGAACCCGGAGGUGGAGGCCCUUCGGCUGGAGGUGGCGGAGCUGAAGGAGAAGUACGAGGCCGUCCUGGAGGAGAACAAGAAGCUCAAGGCCAAGCUCGCCCAGUAUGAGCCGCCUCAGGAAGAGAAGCGGGGGGAGUAGAGGCCUUGUCUUGUCACGUGGAAUAAACGUGUUGAAGCA